UAUUUUAUUCGGCGCUAUGUUCCGCCACGGGGCGAGCCUUUCGACUCAGUUUUAACGUGCGUUUUAUGAAACUACAUCUAUGUCCGCUCUCUCGCCGAUAUUCGGUCAUAUUAUUAAUGGUGCCGCGUUAAAUUAAUUUCGUGUUGACAUUCUUUAUUAUUAUUAUAAUAUUUUUUCGCGACACACGCCCGCCGUCGUGUGUUAAUGGUUGUUAAUCAUAGUUUAUUUUUAACGCGGAACGUGCGCUAAUAAUUGUCGGGGCCUCGCGUGUUCCUCGAUGUACAUCUAGUGUUUGUCUCUCGAAUUCGUUUUGCGGAAGUUUAUUGUAUUGGCGAGUCGCACCUCGCGCUUCAGUUAUUCGCGUGCCGGUGAAGUUUGAACUUUUGGCGGGAAGCGACCGGGACUCGCGCGGAGUGUACAGAGCUGUUAUUGGAUCGAAAGUUUUGAAAAGUGUUGAGCACACAACAGACGGAGCCAGUGUUUUUUCAACGCAUUUUCGAGGCUAAGCGCUAGUUGUUUGAACAAGUGUGUUUUCUAAUGGAUUUAUUUUGAGAUUGUAUUCAAAACAUUAGGAGGCAUACCGCGACAGUCGCCCGACCGGCUCGGACCGCAGUGGCGGCGCUCCUCGCCCGACUCCCGGAGCACCUGUGACUCCUGGAUGUGUCUUCAGCGUGACGAAGAUGACGUACACAUAGAUGAAGCGAGACCAAUGGUGCAGCUACCACUAACGGGUCCGGAGCCGGCACUGAACUCAAGUCCGGGGGGCGCAGCCAAGCCGCCGCCUCUCAACUCAUUCGAGCUGGACCGCUGUUUGGAUAGGGAGGAGUCCGGUCGUUGGGGCGAGGCGGCUCGUCGUCGCCGGCGCAGUUCCCCGCGCCGUUCGCCCCCGCCCGGAAAUGAACCCCUGUCCCUCGCCAGGGCGUCCGCCCCGGCCUCUCCCCUGGUGACGUCAUCUCCAUCGUCCCCGUCUCCCGCUCGCUCGCCGCUGCUGGCGCCGGACCUGCUGGCGAUGCAGCUCCUCGACCAGCACUCCCAGCUGCAGGCGCUCAUGAAGCAGAGACUCUUCCACCAGCACCACCUGCAGAAACAGCACAUGUCGUCGGAGGCAGCUAAGCGUCAGUUGGAACAGUCCCGCCUCCAGGACCAGAUCAACCUGAACCUUCUCUCUCAGUCUCACCUCCAGCCGCCGGAGACUUCUCCCAGUCUCCAGCAGCAGCAGUUGGUCCAGCAGCUCCAGGCGGUCCAGCGGCAGUAUCUCAUGCACGCUCCUAUGUCCGUCCCACCAAACGCUCCUCCAGGUCUGAUGCUGUGGGGCAGCGAGUUGGAGGAGCACCCUCUGUUCGGUCGCGGGGUGUGCAAGUGGCCGGGCUGCGACGCGCUCGCUGAGGACUUCCAAGCCUUCCUCAAACACCUGGAGGCGGCCCACACCCUGGACGACCGGUCGGCGGCGCAGGCGCGGGUCCAGAUGCAGGUGGUCGCCCAGCUGGAACUCCAGCUGAGGCGGGAGCGGGACCGCCUGGCCGCCAUGAUGAGACACCUGCACGCCGCCAGGGACAACCACAACAAGAUGCACGGUCCGGCCAGCGAGGGCUCCUCCCCCGGGCCCGUGCGCCGCCGCGUGUCGGACAAGUCCGGAGUCGCCAUCGCUGGAGGUCUUCCGUACAUGCUCGAAAGAGCCGGAUUAGACGUUCAACAAGAGAUACAGAGGAACCGGGAGUUCUACAAGACGGCCGACGUGCGGCCGCCCUUCACCUACGCGAGUCUCAUACGGCAGGCCAUCAUCGAGUCCCCGGACAAACAGCUGACUCUCAACGAGAUCUACAACUGGUUCCAGUCCACCUUCUGCUACUUCCGACGGAACGCCGCCACCUGGAAGAACGCGAUCCGGACGAACCUGUCUCUGCACAAAUGUUUCGUGCGGUACGAGGACGACUUCGGCUCGUUCUGGAUGGUCGACGACGCCGAGUUCGUGAAGAGACGACAUCUGAGCCGCGGCCGACCGCGCAAGUACGAACCGGCGCCUCCCGCCGCACAAUUCAUGGGAGCUCAGAGUCCGCCGAUGAUGACCAGCCCUCACAGUUACAAUGAAGCUCUGAAGAGGAAUCUACAGGGUAUGAUGGAGGAUUGUAACCUGUCGUACAUGUCAGGUGACGACCACGUGAUGCAGACUGAAGAGUAUCCAUCCUCACACGACGACUACAGUCAGAGUCGUCCUCCGCUGCUGAACGGCUACGGCGGCGGCGGCUCCUCGCACGAGCCCAAGCCCGAGGACCUGAGCGCGGGCGAGGCGCAGGACGUCAAGCCUAACCUGUACGCGCUCAAGCACGAGCUGCACGCCUCCGACUACUCCAACAAAGGAGACUACCAGACCUCCGGCAAGGAGCCCGGCAGCCGCUCCUGUGAGAGCGCUCCCCACGACGACUACUCCCGAGACGACCGAUACCGACCCGGCCACGGACAGCCCGCCCGCGACGACGAGGCCGAGAACCUGUCGCUCAACGAGCAGAGGUCCGACAAGUAGGGGGAUGAGGAGCUGGAGGGGGGGGGGGGCGUCAACAAUAAAGUGAUCGUUUUAUAGUGUAGUGUACGUAGCCGAGGGUAUUCAAUACGAUAUAUAUAUACGGGUGUAGCGGCCCGCGACCCGCCGCGCCGGGUGUCCGGUGGGGACGGUCGUGAUCGAAGUGGCAAUGAAUCGAUUUAGGAAUAACCAAAUAUUCGUUCGUUACUUUCCUUGGCCCGGUUUUAACGGGAACUUCAAAGUAUUAUAGUUUUUAACGUUACAUAUAUGUAUACUACUGUUUCUUUACAUUUCCGUUCUCCUUCGACUUAUUAUUUUCCGAGUAUGUGUAAGCGGUAAUCGUUAGCGUCGUUAGUGUAAGCUAGGUUAAUUUCCGGCCGGUCGCCGACACGCAACCUUAAAAGGUCCAUAUCAGUAUAUAGCGUGCGUCCGGCAGCCGCCCGCCAGAGCUCCGGCCGGCGCGGAGCUGGCCCGGUGCUGGCGGUGCGAGUCCAGCGCGGUCGGUGGCUCGUGGCGUGUGUCGGCUCCGUCUCUGUACAUAUUACGUUAGCGGGGUUCAGAUGUAUAUUGUUCUAUACUCGUAGUAGGCUCGUGCCCCGGCGCCGCGUGCGCGGGAGCACGGCUUAGACACACUUAGAUGAUUCAGACUUUUAUAGGAGUUCGUAUUUAAGCAUUUACUAGAGGAUCGAUAGCCGUCUGCGUGUCCGAGUAUUAUGAGGGUGGGAAUAAUCAUAUCACAUAAUGUACGAGUACUGUAGCUCCUAGAGACCACUGUUAUUGGAACCUGCAUUUAAAGUAGCGGCAGCAGGACACUGCGCCUCGCCGGGUACAAUCACGGAAUUGUAGUUUUAUAUUCACUUAUACAAUUUUUUUGUUUUAUUUUACAAUGGAGCUUAUGAUUAUUUUUGAUACCCGGAUCCCGGGCCGCGCGCCCGAGCGUCCUUGUUAUUUAUACGAUUUGUUAUAUUUUUAUUUCGUUAUCUUUGAGUUUAUUCCGCGCGGCACAGCCCGCCGUGAGCCGGGGCCUGCUCGUGUAUCUACGGUCAUUGUAAAUUAUACUUAAUUAGUGUUGUAUUAAAACAGAUCAUUACAAAUCA